CAUGCAUAAUUAGAUACCAUACAUAUACACGCACAGUUGCGAUUAUUACGCGUGAGUGAAAGAGAUACGCGCCUCUCUCCUCUCGCGGCCCAAACCAAAUUUACAACAACCAAAAAAGAAACUAAAUAAAAAAAUAAAUAAAUAGCGGCCUUUUCUUCUUCGUCUUCCUUCCACCUUGCUCCUCAACCUCUCUCUCUCUCUCCUUUCCUCCGUGAGUUGCGUCUCCACCUCUCCUCCCUCUUCCUUCCGUCCUCGUCCUCCCCACCCAAUCCAACCCCCUCCCCGCCGUCCCCGAGGCUGGCUGUAGCCGUCUCUCCGGCUCUGGCUCGCAAUCCAACCUCCAAUCGCUCGCGAAUGCCGCCUCCUCGCCGCGGCCCCAACCCCGCCCUAAUCCCCACCCCGUCGCCUCCGCAUUAGCCAUUUCCCAGCCAACAAUCUCUUCUCCUCGCGUUAGGGUUAGGGCACCCCAUCUAUCUAUUGCGACAGACAAAACGACAUGGACGAGUACCACCACCACCACCAGCGCAUGGGCGCCGCCGCCGACUUCCGCCGCGACCUCGAGGACCUCGUCUGCGACCACCUCGGCGGCUGCUUCUCCCCGGCCCCGUCCUCCUCCUCCUCCUGCUCCGCCGCGGCGGGCGGAGGCGCCGCGGACCAUGAGCCCGACGGCGAGGCCGAGUCGUCGGCGGUGCGCAGGCGGAGGCGGGAGUCGCGCCUCCUCAGCCGCUGGGUCGCGCGCCAGGCUGAGGAGGUGCUCUCCUCCAUGGAGCGCGAGGUCGAGCGCCGCAACCGCGAGGCCGAGCUCCUCGCGCUCGCGCGCCUCCACCCGGUCUCCACCCUCGACCCCUCCUCCUUCCUCCUCUCCUCGACCGCCGCGCCGCCGCCGCCGCGCCCGCAGGCGCCCUCCCUCAACGCGCCCUCCUCGCUCCUGCAGAUGUGGCGCGAGCUCGAGCACCCCCGCGCCGACGCCGCCCACCCCUUCGACCGCGAGCCUUCCCCGGACAACGCCGACCGUGACCGCGAGCGCGUGCGCCAGAUCGCGCGACGCCUCACGGACACCGCCGCCGCCGCUGCCACCGCCACCGCCGGUGGGGAGUGGCUCGGCGAGACGGAGCGGCAGAGGGUCAGGCUCGUAAGGGAGUGGGUACAGAUGGCGAGCCAGCCGCGCGACUCCCGUGCGGGCACGCGCAGGGACGAGCCUGCAGCCGGGACCGACAGGGACAGGCGAGGGGAGCUGGAGCCUCCUCGGCUACGAGGCCGGCAGGCGCGAUUGGAUGUCAUCAGCCGUAUGGCCAGGGAGCGUCAGCGCGAGCUGCAGGGCAUAUCAGGGUACCAUGUGGUGUCGGAGUUUCCUCGCCGCAGCCGCAACCGCAUCCAGGGACUGCUUAGGGGAAGGUUCUUAAGGAAUGGGGCGCUUGAAGAGGAGCGACCACCAUCUGUGGCAGCGAGGGAGCUUGGGCAGUUGAGGCAGAGCCAUCGUAUGCCCGCCUUGAGACCAGAGAGUAUUGCAAGUAGUCAAGAUGUUAGCCAAUCUGAUGCUUCUGUGGUUGAGAGUGUUAGAUUACUAGAUAACGAUGAAUCUCAGCAAGGGGCUGAGGUGGCUUUUACUGAUAGUGAGGAUACCACCCAAACUGUGCUGGAGAAUGUGGAUUUACAAGAAAUGGGUGCAGAUGGUGCUGAGGCACACUCACCAAGUAUACCUAUGGAUGACAUGGUUAUGAUGCAAGAGUCUCUAACUCAAGGUGACAACAUGCAGCAAGAUGGGACAGAAGAUGACACGGGAUUCUGGCAGACAUCUUUGGAUGCCAGUCUUAAUAGGUGGCCCAGUGAGAUUGGUGGAGGUGCCGACAGAACUUGGGAAGAUAAUGCAGAAGACUUACACAGUGAAACCAUGGAGGAGGAUGACAGGGAGCAUGGUCAUCUACAAGAAGAGCAUGAUGGAUGGCAUGAUAACGAGUCUCAUGGUACCAUGGAGAACUGGCAAGAUGAUUACCAAGAUUCCGCACUUGAUACAGGCCCCAUUCCUAGGAACGAAAAUAGGUUUAUCCCACCUGACGAUGACAAUGUGUACAGCAUGGAACUUAGAGAAUUACUUAGCAGGCGAAGUGUGUCCAAUCUUCUUAGUAAUGGUUUUGGUGAAAGUUUGGAGCGAUUAAUAAGGUCAUAUGUUCAACAGCGUGGUCAUGGUCCCCUCAACUGGAAUCUUGAUGCAGCCAUGCACCCUUCAAAUGGACCAAAUGCAAAUCAGGAACAAGAACGGAACCCUGAAACUCAGCAAUUCCAGGCUCCUGUCAAUAGACCUGCCCUUGUUAUCCCUCCUCCACCUUUGCCACCACGACAACCAUUAUGGCACAGAGAACUGCGUCAUAACAACUGGAACAGCAGACACAGGGAAUGGGAUGCUAUUAAUGAUUUAAGAGCUGACAUGGGUAGACUUCAGCAAGGGAUGAGCAGCAUGCAGAGGAUGCUGGAAGCGUGCAUGGACAUGCAGCUGGAAUUGCAGCGUUCUGUGAGACAAGAAGUGUCAGCUGCCUUGAAUCGGUUUGCAGGACCUGAAGGAUUGUCGAUGGAUCUGUGUGACGAUGGAUCAAAAUGGAAUCAGGUGAGGACAGGAACCUGCUGCGUAUGCUGUGAUUCACAGAUUGAUUCUCUACUGUACAGGUGUGGGCACAUGUGUACUUGCUCGAAAUGUGCAAAUGAGCUGGUGCGCAGCGGCGGCAAGUGCCCGCUCUGCCGGGCUCCCAUCGUGGAGGUGGUCCGCGCAUACUCGGUAAUGUAAGGUGGUGGAAGAUACAGUCAGUAGGAAAGGAAUAAGUUGACGGCAAGCGAAGUUUUGCUGCAAGUGAAGAAAAGCUUGUUUAGGAAAUGGACCCCCUCCCAAUCCCCCAAAAAAGAACUCUGUUUUUCCUCCUUUGUGAAUCUAUAGGGGAGGCUACUUACGUUGCCUGCAUAUUCGUUGCCUUGCUGCUCGUGUCGCCGAGACGCAGGCGGCAAAGGGCGUGCCAUUAAUUUUUGGAAGAGCUUGCGUUGGGAAGUGGUGUCCCCAGUGCAAGCUGUUUCACUGUAUAUUUAUACACUGACUGAUCCUCAACUGAAGCAGACACCAGCAAUGCAUUGGUAUAUACCAGGUUCCUUGAUCACUCUCUGGUCCUCCCAGUGAGCAUUGAGCUGUGAUGUGUCAGUGUUUGGUGCGUUACAUCUGCGUAUCAGUCCGUAGUGUGGUAGUGGGUAUGUAGCUUUCAGCUCCCGUUGCCUUUGGUUGAGUCGACUUCUCUUUCAAAUGCACGGUCCGUGAUGUUUCGAGCUGCUGUUGUACGCUACACGGAGAAUGUACGCUUACAAACAUAUCACAUAUGAAUAUUGAUGAAAUAUAGUACAGUAUUAUUGUGC